UCAUCCGUUGCUAAAAGGACCAGCAAUGAAGUUUCAAUACUUUUCCUUAUUUUUGUAUUUGGUAAUAACCAUUGCAGUUGUUAAAGCUGACAAAAAGAGCUUUACUGCUGCCAUUGAAGCCUGCAGCAAGGACCAUCCUAUAACUGAAGCUGAACAAAGACAAUUCUUCGAGGACAAAAAUGCCGAAUUCAGUGACACCUUUAAAUGCCAUAUGAAAUGCGUUUUGGAAAAGGAACAUAUUUUCAAAAAUGGCACCCUAGACGAGGAGGCAUUUAUCAAGCACUCCCAGGAAAAUCCAGCUCUUAAUACGCAUGAGAAUGAUAUACAUAAGACAAUUGAAGAAUGCAAAACUGUAAAGGGCGCGAACGAAUGUGAUACCAUAUUUAAGAUUGUGAAAUGUCUUUACGGUCAUCGUACAUUGUCUGUGCAGUAGGUUGCACAGAGUGAGAGAGAGAGUGGGAGUAAAAGAGGGAGUGGGAGUGGGAGUGAGAGAGGGAGUGGGAGUUUAGUUCUUGAUAUACCGAGUGAAUACUUAUUCUUAUAUAUAAUAAUAAAUUGUUUUGUGGUAAUAUUCUAUUAAA